CACACACAGAUCACAUGACUGAACUCUCGAGGUAGAUAAUAUGGCCGCAAGCUAACGGCUAGCAGCUCCAGGUCUGGACAGCAUACCGAUAAUUUAACGGAGACGUGUCCCCACCUCUGCUUUUUCUGCUGGCUAUACUAUUCUACUACUACACUUACUAUAUUCACCAAACAUCCUGACUGUGGAGAAAUCUAGAGGGCUGAGAUUAUCAAACUCAAUAAUGGAAGGCCAGUCUGCUAGUGAGCCAUCCGGACCAGGUUUUGUUUUGGCUGACUAUGCAGUCUUUGCUGCCAUGUUAUUGGUUUCUGUGGCGAUAGGACUUUUCCAGGCCCUGAAGAAAAGGCCAAGAGAAGCAACUGCUGACGACUUCUUCACUGGGGGCCGGAGCUUGCCAGCGAUUCCUGUUGGCUUGUCUCUCUGUGCCAGCUUCAUGUCAGCAGUCCAGGUUCUGGGUGUUCCUUCUGAAGGUUUUCGCUAUGGCUUCAAAUUCCUCUACAUGUGCCUCGGACAAAGCAUCAACUCCUUGCUGACAGCUUACCUGUUCCUGCCGGUUUUCUUUCGACUGGGCAUCACCAGCACCAAUCAGUAUCUGAGGAUGAGAUUUGGCAGAGGGAUGCAGCUGCUGGGGAGCAUUCAGUUUCUCGUUGCCACGCUGCUUUACACAGGGAUUGUCAUCUACGCGCCAGCUUUAAUUCUGAAUCAAGCUACUGGACUCAACAUAUGGGCAUCCCUAUUUUCUACUGGGCUCAUCUGCACCUUGUACACCACACUGGGUGGAAUAAAAGCUGUGAUCUGGACUGAUGUAUUCCAGAUCAUUGUCAUGUUGUUGGGCUUUGUGGCCAUUUACAUCCAUGGCACAGUCCUGGUUGGUGGUCCGGCACAAGUACUGAGGAUUGCAAACAAUGGAUCACGCAUUAAUUUUAAUGAUUUUAGCUUUGACCCACGGCAUCGCUACACAUUCUGGAGCCUCUCUGUUGGGGGUGCAUUGGUUUGGCUGUCCAUGUACGGAGUGAACCAAGCACAAGUCCAGCGAUACAUCUCCUGUCGAUCAGAGAGAGCGGCCCAGUGGGCACUGUUUGUGAACCAAGUGGGUCUGUGCCUCAUUGUGAGCAGUGCAGCAACCUGUGGCAUCGUCAUGUUUGCUUUUUACAACACGUGUGAUCCACUGAAGUCUGGGAGGAUUUCUAAACCUGACCUGCUUAUGCCGUACUUUGUGCUGGACAUAUUCCAAAAUUACCCGGGCUUCCCAGGUCUUUUCCUCGCCUGUGCAUACAGCGGGACUUUGAGUACGGCUUCCACAAGCAUCAAUGCCAUGGCUGCGGUGACGAUUGAGGAUAUCCUGCACCCCUAUCUGCUUCACAUGACACAGAAGAAACUGAUGCUGGUUUCCAGAGGACUGUCACUCCUGUAUGGUGGUGGUUGUAUCUUGGUGGCUGCACUCUCCUCCCUAGUGAACUGGGGAGUUCUUCAGGGAUCAUUUACUGUCAUGGGUGUGGUCAGCGGCCCAUUACUUGGAGUGUUUAUUUUGGGAAUAUUUUUCCCAGCAGCAAACAGACUGGGGGCAUUCACGGGGAUAUUAGCUGGCUUCCUUGUCUCUAUGUGGCUAGCUGUAGGUUCAACUCUGUAUCCACCCAGUGAGGAGACCAUGGGUGUCCUGCCCAGCUUAGCAGGUUCCUGUGAAUCCAUAAACACCACCCAGAGUAGCAUAGCUAUCGAAGACCAGCACUCUGUCUCCACCCGGCUUCACCCCAAUAACCAGGGGGGCCUGUUAAACUUCUACUCCAUGUCCUACCUCUACUUCGGUGCCAUGGCAACUAGUUCAGUUGUACUUGUCGGUGUAAUUGUGAGCUACGCAACAGGCCCAACAAAGAGGGAGAACAUUAAAGAAGGUUUGUUAUGGUGGGACCUGAAAAAGAAGAAAGUGGAGGGUUCCCCUAAAAACAGAGAGGGAGACAAAGUGUCAGAAGAACUACAGUGUGUGUCUUUGAUGACAAUGAACAAGCAGGAUGCAGGGGAAGGGGAAGGAGACCAAAGAGACAGCAGAAAAUAAAGUCACUGCACAGUCUAUAGCUGUUAGAAGACUACUGAUCCCACUGGAACACAUCACGGUGCUAUCUUCUCUCUAUCGGCACUAAUAAAUUUAGGUGUUGUUUUCAUUUUCAAAGUGUUUCUCUCUAUAUAUUUUGGUUCUAAGUCUGCCUCAUAUUUUAAGUUACACCUGUGCCAAGAAACUAUAAGUGCAGACUAUCAGAGGUGAUGAAAGGCUCUUUCAUGGGAACUCUCAUUCUGGUAUGUUCCAUAUUCCUAACAAUGCACACCUGCACUUCAACCAGCAUUAACCGACAUGUGGGCAGGUACACGGGAUAUGCUUAAACUGUAAUUCAACCCUUGCUUCCUCAUUCAGCAAUCAUUUAACAUCUGCUCGAAUGAGCCUAAAACUUCCUCCUAAAGAAUGAGGGGAUUUUUCCCUUUAAUAAUGUACCAGUUAUGACUUUCUACUUAACUGUGGACUGCAGGUGUACCUCUAAAUAAACAAAGAUCAAUGGCUCAGUGGCUAAGAUCAAUUUUACACAAUUAUACAAAAAGACAUCUGAGAAAUAAAAAGAAAACCUUCGAAGCAAAAGUAACCCCAUGUGUGUAAACAAGAAAAAUAAAGGGGUAAAACAAGCUAUUGUUCAGUUCAGUCCCCUCAGAGGUUGGAGUUCAGCUUUAUUUCAUUAUGCUGCACUUGUUUUCUGCUGCCAUGCAACAUUACAAACACACCCCAUUAGCACAACACAGAACACCCUCUUUGUACUGUCAGUUUCACACUUCACCCUAAAUACACAGCAGAUAAAACAAAAUUCUACACCACAACACCUGUGACUGCAUUCACACCUAAAGUCUCCUGACAGAAAGUGAACUGUUAUUGCUGGGUAUUUAUUGGGUCGUGGUAUUGACACGAACAGUGAUAUUUAUUGUGAGAUGUGUCCCUCUGGAAUCUUGCGUGCAAUAAAUAUACAACUAAAUGAAUAAACUUUAGUCUCAAAAAUGAGACGAAUGUAAGAAACAGGCUGAAGAGGAUUGUUUUGUGUAUGAUGACCCCUGCUGAUCAUUUAC